GAGGCGUUUUGGUAAAAUGUCCAGGAAAAAGGCACGCUUCACUCCUGGGCGUGUCUCGCGCCACCGUGAAAUGCCCAAGACUUGAAACGAAGAGGGACUCGAUUCCUCAACUCCUCCCUCCCUCUCUCUCUCUCUCUCUCUCUCUCUCCAUCUCUCUCCUUGUGUGAUUGCCUUCGGAAAUCUAGCGUCGCCUCUCUCUCCCUCUCUCUGCUUGCUUCCAUCGGCACUGGGAAGCUUGCGCUUCAAUACCUCAGGUCCUCAAGGGUUAUGUGUUGCCUCAUGGCAAGCUCACCGCCUUGCUUGGCCUCAUCCCCUCUAACAACCUUGACUUAAACAACUUUCCAAAGAGAAGUGUGCAUAUUUUGGUUUGAAAUCCCUCUGACGUCCCAAAACCAACACAAGAAGAGGAGGAAGAAGAAGCGGGAAGGAAGGGUGAAGGAGGAAGAAGAAGAAGUUAGAAGCCUUAACCAUGAAGAAGAUGAGGACAACAUAUGUGGUUGCAUGCCUCGCUGCUGUGGCUUUGGGGUUGUAUGCCUACGCAACCCUCCAUGGGCAGAAAAAGAAGGGCAGGCGUCGGUUGCAGUGUUGCCUCGAAAUUAACAAGAAGCCACAAAGCAGAUUCAAGGUGGUCCUUGCUGAUAACUCAUUCUCCCCAUUCGAGCAUCUCAAGAGGGAGGGACACAAAUCAGAAAAUUUUUCAAGUUUACACCCAUAUGAGGAUCAGAUCAAUGCGUUGCUGCAGCAGCCCACCUUUCCACAAGUUACUGUUGUCUCAAGUUCAGGGGCAUAUGCAUGGGAUUCUUACAUAUGGGUACAAACUAAGUCUGAGCUGGAGUCUCUCGCAAAACUUUUGAGUGAGGAAGAAAUUUUUGCUGUAGAUACGGAACAACAUAGGUUACACUCUUUUCUUGGCUUUACAGCUCUGAUGCAGGUUUCUACUUUGAAGAAAGAUUACUUAGUGGACACAAUUGCAUUACAUGAUGUGAUGAAUAUACUUCGACCUGCUUUUUCAAAUCCAUGUAUUUGCAAGGUGUUUCAUGGAGCAGAUAACGAUGUUCUUUGGCUUCAACGGGACUUCCAUCUUUAUGUUGUGAACUUAUUUGACACAAAGAAGGCAUGUGAAGUACUAUCUAAACCACAAAAAUCUUUGGCAUAUCUACUUGAAACAUAUUGCGGAGUAACUGCUAAUAAAGCUUUGCAGCGUGCAGAUUGGCGUUUGCGUCCACUGCCAGAAGAGAUGGUGCAGUAUGCUUGUGAUGAUGCACAUUAUCUCCUGUACAUUGCGGAGUGUCUCAUUAAAGAGCUUAGACAAAAAUCUACCGUCAAUAAAUGUAGCUAUCUUGAGGAUGCCAUUCGUCGUUCAAACAUGGUCACUUUACAACUGUAUGAAAAAGAACUUGAAGCUUCUCCAGGAGAUUCUGCAGCUGCUUCUAUUUUAUGGCGUUUUCCGGGUGACGGUCAAGAUGUCCCAAGGAAAAAUCAUAAUGUCGAGAAACUUGUGAGACAGCUUUGCAGAUGGAGAGAUUUAAUGGCUCGCACACAUGAUGAGAGCUUAAGAUGUGUCUUGUCUGACCAAUCAAUAUGGGCUCUUGCAACUAAAGUUCCAAAAACAGAAGAAGAUGUAUAUCAUACGGUAGUUCAAGCUGAUUCUAAGAUAGAUGCUUUUGAUACAUGUGCUUCCUUCCCUUCUCCAUCACCUAUUCUCUUCCGACAUGUGAAAGAUGUGAGUUGUCUUCUUCAAGAAGACAUCAAUGGCUUAGAUAAUGUUUUCCAAGCAAUAGUCAAACAGUAUUCCUGGGCUAGUCAAAAUUCUCUUGUAAUGGCUUAUGAAAAUUCUCUGCAAGAAAACUUAUAUUUAAAACUAGCAAACAAGCCACUUUGCCAACAAAAUGGGGGGAAGCUUAAAGAAGAAAGACGGAAGGCUUUACGUGAACUAUGUGUCCAGAAGUUCUCUUGCAAGGCCCCAGUUUAUCACAACUGUAGAAUUUAUGCAAGCGAUGGCCGGCUACUUUGUUACUGUGAUAAAAAGAAGCUUGAAUGGUAUCUAGAUAGAGAUCUAGCGAAGCUUGUUGAAGAUGAUCCUCCAGCAAUAAUGCUCCUUUUUGAACCAAAAGGUCGUCCUGAAGAUGAAGAUAAUACAUUUUACAUUCAGAGCAAGAAAAAUAUGUGUGUGGGUUGUGGUGAAAAGAGUCAUUAUUUGCGUUACAGAAUAAUACCAUCAUGCUACCGUUUGCACUUUCCUGAACAUCUAAAGAGUCACCGUUCACAUGAUAUUGUUCUACUUUGUGUGGAUUGUCAUGAAGUUGCUCAUGCUGCUGCAGAAAAGUAUAAAAAGCAAAUUGCAGUAGAAUUUGGAAUUCCUUUGUUUGUACAGAAGAUCCAAGAUUCAGGAGAUGAACGAAGUAAACUAGAAAAAGCUCAAGAUGAAUGGAAGAGUAAAGGAGGGGGUGUUUCUCCUUUACAGUUGCGAACAGCAGCCAUGGCUCUUUUACGACAUGGGUCAAUGAUGCCAUCAGAAAGGCGUGAGGAAUUAACAUCUGUUGUUAAAGAGUAUUUUGGUGGAAGGGAAAUUUCAGAGAGAGAUCUGGAAGCAGCUCUUCUUGUCGGCAUGAGUCCUCAAGAAAAAAGAAGAUUAAAGAAAAAAAGAGGGAUGUUUCAGAAAACUGCUACAACCACUUCUACUACAACAUGUGAUGAAAUUGCUGCUGAAACUUCAACAGCUGAAGAAAAGAUAAUCAUUGAAAGUAAUGCCUCAAAUGGCUUACAUCUUGAUGAAUCAGUUAAUGGGAAUCUACCGAAAAAUAGGAGUAUCCAUGCGAACAGUUUUUCUAUCCUCAAUAGCACUUACAUUGAUGGUGAUGGUAGAACACAAUGUUCGGAUGAAAUGCCUAUGAGGGAUGAAAGUGUUUUGGGCGCUAAUGAGCUUGAAAGACCUGAUGUUAGCCAACGUCAGCUUAAUAUUGUGGAAUCUUCAGCUGGCGCUACUCGAAGUUCAAAACAUGAUCGAAAGUUAUCCUUGCUAGGACAUGGGCACCACGGUAGGAGAGUUGUGGAAGCUAUAAUGAGUGUUGAAGGGGAAGAUGGUAUUUGCGAGUUUUGUCAAAGGUGGCGCCAAGUCUUUGUUGAUGCCAUUCAUCCUCGUUUCUUACCAGCUGGUUGGGAUGUAAAGCACCGGAUAUGAAACGUAAUGGUGUAUCUUCCAGGGGGCGGCGUGAAUUUGGAGAAUAUAGUGUUUACAAUCCCGUCAGAAAUCUGCCAGUUCAUUGAAGGGCUUAGUGGAUACGUAGCAGCAAUCACGGGCACGGACCGACUGUCUGUCCUAUAGGUGGCUGGCUACAAAUUCUGUUUGUGGUUCUAGCUUUGUUCUUGUUUCAUUGCAAGAGGAGAUGGAGGCUCUGUGAAGACUUCUGUGCAACCUUUUCAAAAUUCAGAGCCAAUAAGAGUAUUUUCUAACAUAGUGAUACCCAUGAGGGAACAAUUUUUUUGCUUACUACUACUCAUUGUAAGCCAGAUGCUGUGUAUCAUUUAGUGUAGAUGUGCAGCUACCAUUUGUUUUAUAUUUGCAAGACUGGUUCAGAAAUAUGUAUUUCAAACUAGUCCUACGUUAUCGA